AUGGGCGGCAUCAUCUCCCAGAUCUUCUCCAGAUUCACCUCCAAAACUCCAGCCAGGAUCUUGAUGGGUGUAGUGGGUCUGGACGCUGCAGGUAAAACAACGCUCCUCUACAGACUGAAGCUCGCCGAGGUCGUCACCACCAUCCCCACUGUCGGUUUCAACGUGGAGACGGUGGAGUUUAAGAACAUCAGCUUCACAGUUUGGGACGUUGGGGGUCAGACCGUCAUCAGACCGCUGUGGAGACAUUACUACACCAACACGCAGGGUUUGAUAUUUGUGGUCGACAGCAACGACCCCGAGAGGAUGAAAGAGGCCGCCGACGAGCUCCACAUGAUGCUGCAGGAGGACGAGCUGAAGGCCGUGGCCGUCCUGGUCUUCGCCAACAAGCAGGAUCUGCCCAGAGCCGUGUCGGCCGGGGACGUGACGGAGACGCUCCGCCUGUCCGGAGUCGCCCAGCCGUGGUUGGUCCAGGCCUCCUGUGCCGUCAGCGGCUCCGGGCUGGUGGAGGGUUUGGACUGGCUCUCUGACCAGAUCCUAAAACACUAGCAGACGCUGCAGGUUCCUACUGGUUCC